GCUUUUCCGAUUCCUCGUUACUAGCUUAUGACAGUCGAGGCGACUUCUUUGUAUUUAACGAGAAGGCUGCAGCAGCUCUCUCCGCUGCUUGGCCGCUGGCUAAGCCGGGCUGCUGAGCGGAUCCGUUUCCCGGCUCUCUCCAGAGUGUCGAUCAAUGCGCUGUCAAUCAGAGCGGCGGCUUCGCUUUCAUCUUCUCCCUUCCCGCCCCCGCCUGGUCCACAGAGAGAAGGCGGGGGCGGGGGGCGGAGUGGGUGGAGGGGAUGUUAAAGUUACAUUACAGACACUGGCUCCCACUUCGCUCCGGUCCGUCCCUCUCCACUUUCUGCCCCGAAAGACAGAGCGAGAGACGCCCAGGCCACGAGACCGCGUCUUCCAGGCUCCACGCAGCGUCUCGCCACCUUCCCCUCGGCCAGCCCGGGAGAGGAGGGAGAAGGUGCCCUGGGAGCGCGCGCGUGGAUUGCUGGUGGCGCCCCUCAAGCCUGGCAGCAGCUGCACCUGGAGAGGCGAAGGGGGCCGCCGCUGCUGGGCGUCUCUCCUCCAUGGGGUGCUCCAUCCCCGGCCUGCAGCAGGCGGCUCGCGGAGACUGGGCUGGCACCCUUUAGGGGUUGUGAAUGCAGAGGAGCCUUGGGCCGCUGGGACUCCUCGGACGAGAACUUUUCCCUUCUCGCGCCGCCUGCGCGCCUGGGGGGGGUUGGUCGCUUUUCUUCGGGGGGCUCAGGCAGCCCGGGCGAGCCGGGCACGGCGAAGGGGAGCGAGAGAGCGGCGCUCCGAGGGCAGCUCAGGCGAGAGAGGACAAAAGCAAAGAGUCUCGUAUUCUUCCCCGGGCGGAGCAGGACUUAAAGCGCAAUUAUGCCUCAGCUGCCGGGAGCCGGAGGCGGCGGCGGGGGGGAUCCGGAGCUGUGCGCCACAGAUGAAAUGAUCCCUUUCAAAGACGAAGGCGAUCCCCAGAAGGAGAAAAUCUUCGCGGAGAUCAGCCACCCGGAGGAAGAAGGAGACUUGGCCGACAUCAAGUCCUCUCUCGUUAACGAGUCAGAGAUCGCUCCCAACAGCAACGGGCAUGAGGUUUCCAGGCAAGCCCAAGCUCAGGAAUCCUAUCAUGACAAAGGCAGAGAACAUUCUGAAGAAGGUGAGAUGAAACAUCCAGAUGGUGGUUUAUAGCAAGGCCCAUCAUACUCUGGUUAUUCUGGGUAUAUCAUGAUGCCAAAUAUGAACAAUGACCCUUACAUGUCUAACGGAUCUCUGUCUCCACCCAUCCCUAGAACAUCAAAUAAGGUGCCAGUGGUGCAGCCUUCACAUGCGGUUCACCCUCUCACCCCACUUAUCACUUACAGCGAUGAGCACUUUUCUCCAGGGUCACACCCUUCACACAUCCCCUCAGAUGCCAACUCAAAACAAGGCAUGUCCAGACACCCUCCAGCUCCUGAUAUCCCUACCUUCUAUCCCUUGUCUCCUGGUGGCGUAGGACAGAUAACGCCACCUCUUGGCUGGCAAGGUCAGCCUGUAUAUCCCAUCUCGAGUGGAUUCAGGCAGCCCUACCCAUCCUCACUCUCAGUCGACCCUUCCAUGUCCAGGUUUUCACAUCAUAUGAUUCCUGGUCCUGCAGGCCCUCACGCAACUGGAAUUCCUCACCCAGCUAUUGUAACACCUCAAGUCAAACAAGAACAUCCACACACUGACAGCGACUUAAUGCAUGUGAAGCCUCCGCAUGAACAGAGAAAAGAGCAAGAGCGAAAGACCUCACAUUAAAAAACCUCUGAAUGCUUUAUGUUAUACAUGAAAGAAAUGAGAGCAACGUCGUAGCAGAGUGUACUCUGAAAGAUGAGCGCAGCUAUCAACCAGAUUCUUGGCAGAAGGUGGCAUGCUCUCUCCCGUGAAGAACAAGCUAAAUAUUAUGAACUAGCUCGGAAAGAAAGGCAGCUACACAUGCAGCUUUACCCAGGCUGGUCUGCAAGAGAUAACUAUGGGAAGAAAAAGAAGAGGAAGAGAGAGAAGCUACAGGAGUCAACGGCAGGUACAGGCCCCAGAAUGACAGCUGCCUACAUCUGAAGCAUGGUGGGAAAAGAAAUGCUUUCUCAACAUGCAAAACAAAGGCAGCACCACCAGGACCCCUUCUGGAAAUGGAAGCUUGUUAAAACCCCAGGUGUCCUUCAUCUGCACAGACCACUCCCAGGGUCUUUCUAGGAGGUCGAAUUCACCAUGAUGUCACUGCUAAAGACACUGAACCAUAAAGACAAUCACUGUCAAAACUCUUCACUACCACAGGACCCCAACCCUGAUUAUAAAAAGGAGCAAAUGAGCAUUUCAGAACUCCCAGGUCAGCAGAACAUCUUCACCUUGCACUCCUAAGUCUCUCUCUCCUGUCUCCAUAUUGAAUCGGCAACAGCUAGGUCAGCUGUCUCUGCCUGCUUCAGCCAACUGAAUAACGUAGACUAAUAGCUACUCAUAUAGCACAUGGAAGAAUGGAAUUCAUUUGGUUGAGGAAGACGCUCAAACAUUUUUAUUUAAUGGUGCAAAAGGAUCAAUUGUUUUUAGCUUUAAGAAACUUGAAUGCUUUUAUAUUUUAACUUUUAGUUUCUAACGUCAUUGGUGUAUAUUUUACUAGUUGUGAGCUUUGAAAUAAGCUUCAAGUAUCUGAUUUUUUUUAUCUUUUUUUCUGCUGGAGGAGAAAAAACCUGUUUGGAAAGUGUGGCUUUUUGUUAAACUAUUUGUAACAAAUAGUGGCCUCUCAGUCUAUGUAAUAGAUUGUCCUAGAGAACUAAAUGUAACACCACAAUCAGCUGGUCAGUAGACAUGUCACUCCUGUUUCAUUUACACUUUGUAAAUUCAACUGCAGUGAGUUCUUCUCACCCCUUUCCUUUCUCCUUGUAAAAACAAAACAAGCCCAGCACUUGAAUUUACUUCACUUGUUGUGUAUUUGUAUCUGUUUGUUAGCCUGUUAGUGGGAUUUUAUGCCAGUUACUGAAAUGAGCAUCGAUGUACCCAUUUUUUAACAGUAAGGCACAGCCUUUGCCAAAAAUACUGUCAACUGAAUUUUGUUGUCAUUCCAGUUUGAGUUAAUGUG